AAGUUUUCAGGAUACUUAUUCAUUGUCUGUUUUACAUAUGACAAAACUGUUCUUCCAGCCUGUAUCUUGUCUCAAUUUUUUAUGUCAUCAUUACACUGGAAUGAGUUAAAUAUGUCAGAAAUUUUCAUCGUGGUUUGUGCUUUUGGCUCUGCUUUAAGAUAAUUUUCCCACCUUGAAUUCAUAAACACGUUUUUCAAUAUAUUCUCAAAUAGCCCUAAAGUUCUCUUUUAUACAGUCUUUAAUCCAUCACUAAUUUACUCUUCUAAGUGUGCACGGUAGAGCUCUAUUUUAUUUUUCCCCCCAAUAUCAAUAUCUCUUAUUGAAUUGUCGAUUGCUUUUCAUGGGAUUGGUAAGUCACCUUUAUUAUAUACAGACUCCCACAUAUACAGUUGAGCCUUGAACAAAUGAAGUGCAUGGGUCCACUUAUACAGGGAUUUUUUUUUUCCACAACUGUAUUGGUAAAUUUUUUGGAGAUUUAGAACAAUUUGAAAAAACUCCCAGAUGUAUCUUGUACUCUAGAAAUAUUGAAAAAUAUAAGAAAAAAUUAGGUGUGUCAUGAAUGCAUAAAAUAUUUAUAGAUAUUAGUGUAUUUUAACAUUUGCUACCAUAAAAUAUGUACAAUCCUGUUACAAAAAGUUAAAAUUUAUCAGAAUUUACACACACACACAGACCAUACAUGCCAUUUGAAGUUGAGAUAAAUGUAAACAAAUGCAAAGAUAUAGUAUUAAAUCAUAACUGCAUAAAAUUAACUAUAGUAAUACUGUAUUACUGUAAGAAUUUUGUAGCCUCUUCCUUUUGCCAUUGCAGUGAGCUCGUGUGGUGAGUAUCCUCUUAAAAUGCUGCAGGAUGCUAAUCAUCACUGCCUGAGAAAUUUUUUUCUCUCUGGUAAAUUGUCUGUCACAGUAAAAAGUGAUCUCUUGAGUAUCAUGUUUAGGGCAAUAUCCUAAAGCUUGAAUAAUACUAUGGGGCCCAUACGAAGUGCCACUAGUGAUGCUGGAAAUGUUCCCAAGAAGCAGAGAAAAGUCACGACAGUAUAAGAAAAUGUUGAAUUGCUUGAUGUGUAGUGUACAUUGAGGUCUGCAGUGAGGUUGCCAGCCAUUUCAGACAGGCUAUUCAUCUUGUAAACGGUUAAGGUAUCCAUAAAUAUAGUACAGUAUAGUAAAUACAUUUUCUCCUCCUUAUGAUUUUCUUAAAAACAUUUUCUUUUCUCUAGUUUUCUUUACUGUAAGAAUCCAGUAUUUAGUACAUGUCACAUACAAAAUCUGUGUUAAUCAACCGUUGAUAUCUGUAAGACUUCCAGUCAACAGCAGGCUCUUAGUAGUUCAGUUUUGGGAGGAGUCAAAAGUAUUUGAGGAGUUUCAACUGCACAGGGAUUCAGCACCCUGAACCCCCUCAUUGUUCCAGGGUCAACUGUACAUGUAUCUGUGUCUGGUCUCAGUAUCUGUGCUUAGAGGUACUGUUGAUAUCAGCUCAAAUAUUACCGUUUGAUAAGGGAGAAGUUUUUUUUUGUUUUAAGGCAUCAUUUUGGGGGUUGUCAUUUAAAUAUUUGACUCUAACAGUGCUAGCUCUACCACCUUGAACAAGUGACUUAAUGUCUCAAUGACUCAGUUCUGUCAUCUGAAAAUUAGAGGUAAGAAUUUUCUUAUAGGUCAUAAGAAUUAAAUGAUUUAUUGUACCAAGAGUAAACUGAACAGUGUUUGCCAUGUUAUAGUCACCAGGUAUGUUAGCUAUUUUAAAUAAUAUUUUACUAUUAGAAAUAAAGAGGGAUUUCUGUUCAUCAAAAGAUAUGAAAAAAAGAGAGAAAUGACAAACCAAGGAGUGUGAACUGAUAUUGUAUUACUCAUAUUCAGCCAAGAGCUGAUAUCCAUUGUAUAUAAAGAGCUAGCGCAGAGAACGCCAACCCAAUAGAAAAAUGGACAAAAUACAUAAUAGGCAGCUUAUGAGUAAGAAUAUCCAAAUGGCCAAUGAACAUGAAAAAAUUACUCACUCUCAUCUGCAGUUAGGGAAAUGAAUUUUUUUUUUAAGUUUUAAGUGACAAAAUCUCACUGUGUCACCCCAGGCUGUUGUGUGGGGACGAAAUCACAGGUAAAACAAAUCUUAAUGCCCUCACCUAACUGGCUAAAACUAAAAAGUCUGAUAUUCACCAAAGGUUUGCAAAAGUGAAGAGCACUGAGCACCCUCAUACACGGCUAUCCUGUGUGUAAAUUGAUAAAAACUGUUGAAAAACAAUCAGGCAUGGUAAAGUUUGAAUUCACAUACAGUUGUCCCUUGAUAUUCUGCAGGUGGAUGGGGUUCGGUCCUUAGUAACCCCUGAGGAUUCUGAGGAUUUUCAAGUCCAUAUAUAAAAUGGCUUGGUAUGCGCAUGUAACCUAUACGUAUUUUCCAACAUACUUUAAGUCAUCUCUAGAUUACUUACAUUAUGAUGAAAAUGCUAUGUAAAUAAUUGUUUACCGUAUUAUGUUCUACUUAUUUUUAUUGUUUUUUUUUUCUGAAUAAUUUCUACCCACAGUUGGCUGAAUUCACUGAUGCUGAAGCCAGAGGUUACAGUGGGCUGCCUGUAUUCUGUGACAAGGGAUCCAUUCAUACCUAAGAGGACACAUGAGCUCCAGUAUACAUGUCCAAGCGUGUUCUGAGCAACACUGUAAGAGGCCAAAAGUGGAAACAACCCAAGUGCCCAUCAACAGCACAAACAUUUAUACCAUUGAAUGCCUUACGGCAAGGUAACAGGAUCAAGUACAGCUACAUGGAACACAUAGAUGAGGGAAAUAAAACACAAAAUACAUUAAAAUAUAAAAAGCACAAUUCUAUGUAUAUAAGGUUACAUAACAUUUUCAAAAUCAGCAACAUUUUAAUUAAUUUAAUUAAUUUAGAAUUCUCCUGCAGAGUUUUCUCUCUUUUCUCCAAUGUGUUAAUUUAUUUAAUCAUUUAUUUACAACAGCACAGAUCAAUAUUUAUUUUAUAUUUUGGAAUAUGAUAUAGUAGUAUUUUAGUUUGUUCCUUAAAUUGUUCAAGAUUUGGCCAUUGGGAGCUGUUUUAUUGGUUUUUGUACCCCUCUAAAAUUACCCCAUCAAUGCUUUUGUUUUCUAUUUAUCACAUCCUUAUUUUCCAGCACUCCAAGAUGCUCUAGGCCCUUUCUGUAUAUUUCCUUUCCAGAUUUAGAAACUGUAUUUCUUCAUCAGUAUUGCUAGAUUGUUUUUUUCUUAAAAGUGUUAGAUUUCAGUUUUAUUAAUCAUCUUUUUUAAAAAACAUAUUGUCCCUUUUAUUUGUAAUUCUAUUUUUAUUUUAAUGUUUUAUUUUUUGUUUUGGUUUUGUUUUACUAAUUGCUUGACUUCAACAUAAAAAAAGUUUUAGAAAUGUGGUUAUUAAUUUUCAAGUAAAUAUGAUUGGAUUCAGGUUUUUUAUUUUUAACCCUCAAUAUUAUUUCACUGAGGUCCAGAUGUGCUGAAUUUAUUGACCUAUUAAAUUUUAAUUGACAUUUAUUUUGUAGUCUUGUAUUGGGAAAUUCUUCUGAGUGUUUUCUAUCUAUUUUUGGUUGUUGCAGGUUAUAAGAUCAAAAUUGUUGUUUGUUGUGCAAAUUAUUAUAGCAUUACUAGUUUUGUUCUCUGCACUAUUGAUUUCUGAGAAAACGGUGUUACGGGGAAAAAACAAACUUCCAUCAUGAGUGCAGAUUUUUCAGUUUUACCUUAUAACUCUCAGUCUUGGCUAUGUGUCACUGUUAUGUGUUUAGGUGCGUUAAGUUCAUCACUGUAAUGCUUUCCCAGUGAAUUUUCUUUUCAAUAACUAUAAAAUGUGCUCCUUUGAUCCUAUCAAUACACUGGAUAUUAAUAUUGUUGCCGUAGGUUUCUUUUGUUUAAUAUUUGUCUGGAUUGCCUGUUCCCAUAAAUUGACCUUUAAUCAGUUAGCUUUGUUCUUAAGAUUGGUUUAAAACGUAGAAUAAUAGGGAGGGGCAUGGGAGGGUGGGACGUCUAAUGUAAACCCAGCCCAGUGAUUACAUUAGCUGGGCGCUGAUUAGGUUAGGAUGUUGCCCAGGUACAAGGCCAGGAUCUUCGGGACCUGGCUUCAUUUAGAGUUCAGCUACCAAAAGGAAACCUUCCUCUGGGUCCUGGAGUAUUUGGCCUGAAAUUGGGAACUCGGAAGUUGCUGCUCCAGGGCGCUCCCUGCGGAGCUCCGCCGCCCGCCUCUCCGCCCGGCCUUUCCCGGCGUCCCCACGCGGGGCGCAACCGCGAGAAAGAAACGCAGGUCGCACCGUCAGCGCCCAGAGCAGCGCCAGUUUCCGGGCCCGGGCUGCUCUCGGAGCCAUGAGCUGCGGCCGCCCCCCUCCCGACGUGGACGGCAUGAUCACCCUCAAGGUGGACAACCUGACCUACCGCACCUCUCCCGACAGCUUGAGGCGCGUGUUCGAGAAGUACGGGCGCGUUGGCGACGUGUACAUCCCGCGGGAGCCCCACACCAAGGCGCCCCGGGGCUUCGCCUUCGUCCGCUUUCACGACCGGCGCGACGCCCAAGACGCCGAGGCCGCCAUGGACGGGGCGGAGCUGGACGGACGCGAGCUGCGGGUGCAGGUGGCGCGCUAUGGCCGCCGGGACCUGCCUCGCAGCCGCCAGGGAGAGCCACGCGGCAGGUCCAGAGGCGGCGGCUACGGACGGCGGAGCCGCAGCUACGGGCGGCGGAGCCGCAGCCCCAGGCGGCGACACCGCAGCCGAUCCCGGGGUCCCAGCUGCUCCAGGUCCCGCAGCCGAUCUCGCUAUAGGGGUUCUCGCUAUAGCCGGUCUCCCUACAGCCGAUCUCCUUACAGCCGGUCGCGCUACAGCCGCUCUCCCUACAGCAGAUCUCGCUACAGGGAAUCUCGCUACGGCGGAUCUCACUACAGCUCAUCUGGUUACAGUAACUCUCGCUACAGCCGAUAUCACAGCAGCCGGUCUCACUCGAAGUCUGGGUCCUCCACUAGCUCUCGCUCUGCAUCAACCUCCAAAUCGAGCUCUGCGCGACGAUCCAAGUCCUCCUCGGUCUCCAGGUCUCGCUCGCGGUCCAGGUCUUCAUCUAUGACCAGGAGUCCUCCCCGGGUAUCCAAGAGGAAAUCCAAGUCAAGGUCGCGAUCCAAGAGGCCCCCCAAGUCUCCUGAAGAGGAAGGACAGAUGUCCUCUUAAGAAAAUGAUGCAUCAGGAAGCAACGUGAUGGAGGACUUGGGGAAAAGGAUCACAUACUCAGUCUAUGGAAGCAACGUCCCUGGAAGAAGAGGCUGCCUAUUGAAAAGGUUGUGUCACACUUUUCUACCUUUUUGCCAGUUUGAAGCUUUGCAUCAAGUGGCAAAAUUCAUUCUAUGUGCCGUUUUGUUGUUAUUCACAUUUUAUUGUAACUUAGGAGGUGAACGACCUAAGAUUACGUUAUUGGGUUUGGAUAUUUGAGGCAAAAAUUUAUUUUUAUUUCUAUAGUGAUGACUGUUUUGGUUUGAAAUGAACAGAUUGGUAACCUAAUUUGUGGCCUCCUGACUUUUAAGGAAACGUGUGCAGCCAUUACACACAGCCUAACGCUGUCAAGACAUUGCUUCAACAUUGCCUUCAUUCCUUAAAAACCUACAAAAGGUGGUGUAAAUUAAUAUGGAUAAUUUUAUUUACCUCCAGGUCUAAAAGGCCCGGCUGCGUAGCAGUUGAGUGAUGCUGGUUAGCUAUUAAGGUGGCCUGUUGCAGUGCAGAGUGCUGAGCUGCUUCCUGUUUUCUUCUGAUUGCUCCUGGGGAAAACACGCCUUGUCCUGAAGAACAAAUGGCUGUCCAGUUUAUUAAAAUGCCUGUCAACUGCACUUCCAGUCACCCAGGCCUUGCAGAUAAAUAAUGGAGCAUGCAGUGAGCACAUCUAGCUGAUGAUAAUCACACCUUUUCCCCCAUCUUUUCUGAAAAAUUGUAAAUCUGAUCAUAUCAACAUGUAUGAACUUAAAAUAUGGAGAAUGUUAUGGAAGAAAUAGUUUAUAAGUUUGUUAAGUACUUAUAACAUGGUGUGUCUUUUUGAUUAUUAAUUUUUUACGCUAACCAUUGUUUCUGUAGUUAAAAUUGUUUUCUUGGUGUUAUCUUUUCUCAAAAUAAAAUUAGAAACUUUUGAUGGAAAGUAGAUUGUUUUAUUUUCUGUAUGACUUUUGGAUAUUUGUACUUUUGAGAAAAUUAUUAGCACCAAGUGUUUCUCAAAAUAUAAUUUUUAAAAAAUCCUUAAUAGGCUUUUAGCUAUGUGCUUUAUUGUUUUAUCACAAUGCAGUUUAUUUGUAGUUUCUCUCUUUUUUCCUCACACCUAUGGUUUUGUUACUUCUAAAAUUAUUUUCAAAUAAUCCAUUUUUGGCUUUCAUCAUUAUCCCUACUAGAUGUUAUGUGUUCUUUUGCAAUUGUUUCUGCUUAUACCUUUACUAGCAAAGGGAAAAAUAACAAUUUGGUGUCAAUGAUCUGGUGACAAUAGGAUUACAUUGGAGCCAAUUGAAUAAAUUUAUUCUUUCAAUCAUA